AAAUGAAUGUAUAUAAUUACACAACACAGACUAUAAUAAUGUUUAAGUGAUGAAAAGGAUUACUGUACAGAUUUUUUAAUCUGGCUUAAUACAUUAAAAUGUUUUCUCUACGCGUACGUCUAGUGAUAUUUAUUGUUUUCACUUUGCUGUUUGGAAUAUACGGAAAGGAAAAUACCUCAGAUUUCAUCAACAAUUAUAAAAAGUACAACACUGUCUGUAAAGGAAUGGGAUUUGAAGAAAAAACUUGCAAAGGAAAAGGUGUGAUCGCAUUCAAUGCACUCUUGACAGCUGAUCAGCAAAGACCGACAAAAAAGGCAGUUAUCAUUUUCAAAAAGGUAAUAUUAAACUCUGGAAAUGCAUAUGAUGCAACCACUGGAAAGUUUACAGCUCCUGCCGACGGAAUAUACUCUUUUACAUGGACUAUUGCAACAGAUGCUGGAAAGUAUUUAAACACAGAAAUCCUAAUGAACUGUAAGCCUUUUAGUUACAACCAUGUAAAUGGUAGGGAUGGAAGUUCCAACUACGAAAGUGGAUCAGCAACAGCUAAUAUAGAAAUGAAAAAGAAUGACGAAGUUUGGCUCAGAGCGUAUGACGGCGGUGGGUACGCCAGAGACACCCGGUCAUCUUUCUCUGGCUUCCAGAUAUAAAACUGAAAAUUCUUAAAUUUAUGUUUUUGACAUGUGAUCUGUUUAAAAAAACACUUUUGCAAUGCAACGGUCAUUCAAUAAAUAAAUCAAAAUGUCUUAUAAAAAUAUGAAUCUUCGAUUACGGUAGCAUACAAAAUGUAGGUAUGCAGUCAAGAUACCUG